CCUUUCUCCUCAAACCCCAAAUCUGGCAAAUCGUAUAGUCACAUCUUCUGCAUCUCCUUCCUCCUCCUCCCGCUUUGUCCUCCUCUUAAAACCCUAACAACAAAAGCAGCGUCUUGUAGCUGUUGUUCUAUCUCUGCUCGGCGGCGCCUGUGCCAAACACCUCUCCUUCUCUGCUGCUGCUAUUCUCGAAAAAAUUUACUUAAAGCAGUCAUGGCUGAGGGUUCCGAGAUUGAUGAGCGUGUGGACCUUGAUGAUGAUAAUUACAUGGAAGAGACAGAUGAAGAUGUUGUUGAUGGCAUUGAGGAUGAGCCAGAGGAGGGACUUGGUGAUGACAAGGCCGAGGAACAGUAUGAGGAAUUGAGAACUGAUGGUAGUGGGAAAGAGCAAUCAUCAGAACCCGAUCGAAGUCCCAUUGGUGAUGAACAUGGGGAAGAUGAAGAAAAGUUUACAGCUUCAAUUAAUGAAGAGGACAAAGAGAAGCAUGCUGAGCUUCUUUCUCUUCCUCCUUAUGGAGCUGAGGUUUUCAUUGGCGGACUGCCGAAGGAUGUUAUAGAGGAAGAUCUAAGAGAUCUCUGUGAGCCUUUUGGUGAAAUUUAUGAGGUAAAAUUAAUUAAAAACAAGGAUACUGGUGAAUUCAAGGGAUAUGCUUUUGUGGCAUUCAAAACAAAGGAAGAUGCCCAGAAGGCAAUAGAUGAGUUGAAGAACAAAGAGUUUAAGGGAAAAACGGUCAGAUGCUCAUUGUCUGAUGCAAAGCACAGAUUAUUUAUUGGUAACAUACCUAAAAGCUGGUCAGAGGAUCAGUUCAAACAAAUGAUACAUGGUGUUGGCCCAGGGGCGGAGAUGAUUGACCUCAAACAGGAUGGUUUAAAUCCUGGCCGCAACCGUGGUUUUGCUUUUAUAGAGUAUUACAACAACGCAUGUGCUGAUUUUGCUCGACAGAAAAUGUCUAAUUCAAGCUUUAAGCUGGAAGGUAACACCCCUACCGUCACCUGGGCUGAUCCAAAGAGUGCACCUGACUCAGCUGCUGCUUCACAGGUCAAGGCACUUUAUGUGAAAAAUAUUCCCGAGAGUGCCACCCCUGAGCAACUGAAGGAAAUCUUUCAGCGCCAUGGAGAAGUCACGAAGGUUGUGUUGCCUCCUGCUAAAGGGGGACAAGGCAAAGGGAAUUUUGGGUUUAUUCAUUUUGGUGAAAGGUCUAGUGCUCUGAAGGCGGUCAAAGACACAGAAAAGUAUGAGAUAGAUGGUCAGGCGUUAGAAGUUACCAUGGCCAAGCCCCAAACAGAUAAGAAAUCUGAAGCAGCUGCUUCCUUUGCUGCUGGUUCAAACUAUCUUCCCCAAGCAGCUUAUGGUUUUGCUGGAAAUCCAUAUGGUUCAGUGGGGGCUGGAUAUGGUGUAGCUGGUGGAUACCAACAGCCAAUGAUAUAUGGGAGGGGGCCGAUGCCAUCUGGCAUGCAGAUGGUUCCUAUGGUUCUGCCUGAUGGCCGUAUUGGUUACGUCUUGCAACAACCAGGAAUGCAGAUGGCUUCACCAGUGCGGCCACGAAGAAAUGACCGCUCCAACGGUUCAGGUGGACCCCAGGGAAGGGGUAAUGGAAGUGGGAAUGAUAGGACUAGAAGGUUCCGACCUUAUUAGUAGUUUAGUGUGGAAGAUGUUAUGAAUCUUAAUAGUUUGUGAGAAAAGCAAUGACAUCCACUAUGCUGCUCUGACUUCCAAUCUGGGGAAGUUAGACAAUAGGGCAGAGGAAAGCAGAUUUAAAGAAUGGUAGUUGGUCAAGCAAAUCAGUUAUAAUUGAUAGUUGUUUAUUAAUGAGUUUAUCUGUAAAAUGUACUCAUUAUUGACUUCAAGCCGACUGUGACUACAUUCAGGAGCUUAUCUUCAGCUGUAUCGUCUUUUGAAAUUGUGUAGUGCAAUCGGAUGUAUUUCAAAAUUGGGGAUAUGUUUAGUUAAGUACUUUGUUUGCGGACUA